AUGGCCAAGAGAGCCGCAGCCAACCACAGCGCGCACCGAGCUGCUGUUAUCUUUAGCAGCCAAUCCGCUCGAACAUGGCACCGGGGUGGGCGUUCUGUGCCCACAGGGGUCUGUGCUGGAUGCUCACUUGUGGAAAGCCUCUUCAUCACUAACAUCCUUGUAGAGGAGGACAUACAAGACCUGGGUCUCACCGACUGUGCAAACACUAAGAUAGGGACAGAGUUUAUCCGUGGUGUAUCAGGAGGCGAGAGGAAGAGGUGCAGCAUCGGGAUGGAGCUCAUCACUUCUCCGUCUCUGCUGUUUCUGGAUGAACCAACCACAGGCCUGGAUUCCAACACGGCAAACUCCCUCAUCAAACUGCUGCACGACAUGUCCAGGAGAGGUAAGACUGUGAUCUUCUCCAUCCACCAGCCACGAUAUUCCAUCUUCAAACAGUUUGAUCAUCUGACCCUGAUGCAUAAAGGGGAGGUGGUGUAUGCAGGAGCAGCAGACCAUGCACUGGAAUACUUCUCAGACCUUGGCUACCAAAUUGAAUCCUUCAACAACCCUGCUGAUUUCUUUAUGGAUGUCACAAAUGGAGAGGCAAAAUCAACAAUUAUGUCGAUCUCUGCAGAUGACAGUCAAAAUCCUUUGGCAUCAAGGUAUCGCCAGUCCUCACUGUGCCAGAGAGUCCUUGAGGAGCUCGGCCGUUUAAACCUGAGCAGUGCUGAACGCGGCAAAGGUCAAGAUGAGCCAGUUGACUAUGCAACCUCUUUUCUUUAUCAGUUACGUGUUGUGUGCGGCAGGACAGUGCGGAACUCUCUGAGGAACCCUCAGACCUCUUAUGCCCAGCUGGCUCUCACCAUCACUUUUGCUCUUCUGGUGGGGCUCAUUUAUUACCAGAUGCCACUGUCGCUGCCUGAGGCGAUACAGAACAGGUCCGGAGCGUUCUUCUUCCUCAUCAUUAACAUGGUGUUUGCGAAUCUCUCUGCUGUGGAACUCUUCAUAAACGAAAGGGUGAUCUUCAUUCAUGAAAACUCAAGCGGCUAUUAUCGCACCUCCGUCUACUUCCUGUCCAAGAUCUUUGCUGACCUCAUCCCCAACCGAGUGAUCCCCAUCAUUGUGUUUUCAUGCAUCACCUACUUCAUGAUGGGUCUGAGGUCUGGCGUUGAGGCCUUCAUGUGUUUUGUUCUGACCAUGUCUCUGGUCAGUCUGGCAGGAGUGGGCUUGGCUUUCCUCGUCUCGGCAAGUGUUUCGACAUUUGCCAUGGCUAACGUCUUAAUUGCUCUGCCCUUGGUCUUCAUGAUGGUUUUCGGUGGUUAUCUGGUCAGUCUCAACAGUAUGCUGAGCUGGCUGUCCUGGCUGCAGUGGAUCAGUAUCUUCAAAUACGGACUGGAUGCGGCAUUCAUCAACGAAAUGAGAGGACAGGCGUUCUACAGCAACCGCACAAUCAUCCCAGGCGAGGUGUUCCUGGAUCUCCGGGGCCUGGAUUACUCUGCGUGGGGCUUCUGGCAGAACCAUGUGGCUCUGCUGGGAAUGACAUUUGUCUGUAUGUCUCUGGCCUAUGUGCAGCUGCGACGAAUCAACCGCUGGAAAUGACACCUCUCCAUUAGUUUUUAUACAUCUGUCAACCGUGCACUGUCUUCAUCUGGUUUAUGUAGCAGAAGAGAAGAAAAAAAAAAAACUUUAAACCAGUGUUUCAGUGUUUCUGCAGCAUAUUGUCGAUAAUUUCAUUUAUUUUAAAUCCAAAUAUUUGCCCAACACUCAAUUCCUCUCUCUUUCGCUCUCAAACAUAAACAAAAACACGUGAUGUAACAUUUGACACCCCGGUGGAUAAGCUGCCACUAAGCACACAUGGUCUGUGCAUGAGGGACUGUACAGCAACAGCUAAGCCCUAACAAAGCCACUUAAACUCUGUGUGUGAGUCCAUACAGCACAGAAAACACUCUGAAGUUCUUUUUGACUUAUUUAUUUAUUUUUAUUUUCAUCCUAUUUUACUUUUUCAAAAA